GAGGGGACGGGGAGGCCACCACCGCCGUCCCCUGGGCCGCUCCUCCGCGGGCGCUGCUGUCACCGCUCGCUGCCCAUGCGCGCGGCGGCCACGCAGGCGCAGGGGCGGGGCCGGGGCCGGGCCGGCGGGCAGCCAUGGUGUACAUCUCGAACGGACAAGUUUUGGAUAACCAGAGUCGGGCUCCCUGGAGGUUGUCAUCUAUAACAGAUUUCUUCUGGUCAAUAGCAGAUUUUGUGGUUCUGUUUUUCCAGAGCAUUAUUCAACCAGAUUUAAGAAGAAGAGGCUACACAUCUUCCUCCUAUUCAGGAUACAAUGAUGGAAGAGGGCCUCCAGCAAAUCCUCGCCGUAGGAUGGGCCGAAUAAAUCACUGGGGUGGAGGCCCCAGUCCACCACCAAUGGCUGGAGGUGGAUGAGGAAGGUAA